GUACGAUGGAUGGACAAGGGAGUGCCCGAAGCUCGACAAGAAGCAAAAAACGUGGAGGUAAGAAGCUGGAACACGUUGGACUGUAGCCUCGUGAAUGCAUUAUAAUACUGCUGCACAAAUGGAAGUGAUUUAACAUUUGUGACGAUGUCCUUUAACCCGAAAUUCAUAAUAAGACAUUAUUUGUAUGCAUUAUUUUUUUUUUGAGUGCUGUUGCAAGUGAGAUGACAGGACAAUGAGUUUAAGAGAACCUGCAAAUAUUCUAAGGGGUCUAGCCCUGUUCUAUUAGAUUAGACUAUUAUGUUGUUAUAGCUUAAGGUAAAUGGCUUCUGUAAUGCGUUCAAAUGUUGUGUUAUGCAAUACCCAUCCUAUGUUACAUAAAACACAUAAUUAUGUCAGGACAGAUUGUCAGAACCAGUACGUUUUCAUGAGAAGAUGAAGCCUCAACAAUUCAUGUAUUUGUGAUAAAAUGCAGGUUGGGGUUCCUCCACCCCAGCUGUUGCAAUGACGUGUUUCUCUGUCUGAGCGCUUCCUGUCUGUCUCGGGCGUUAAAAACGUCAGGCCUCAUGACAUAAGUCAUUGUGUAAUCUGUGCUGAGGACCAGCGCUGAUUCAACAGUGUUACACACAAACACUGGUCAGUCCAUUCCUUGUGGACAGACGUGGCAGUGCACUCAGCUGGAUUGUCAUACAUUAUGCAUGGAGCAGCAGCAGUUGCCGGCACACAGAGUUUUCAGAUCAAAGUUUGACCUACUUGGUGCAUGACUUGCCUUAUGUCAACCUGCUGCGAAAUUACAUGACCUCACAGAUCAUGUUCACAUGUUCAGACCUGCUUUUGUGAGACACAAACACAGAAGGCCUCUGUAAUGAACUGGCUGGCUAUUAGCUGUGGAAAUGCAGCAUCUGAGCGACAGAUUUGCAUUUAUUCAUAUGAGCCUUCACGAAGGAAAAACAAUAAUCUGCUGGGGUCAGUUCGCAGAAGGACUGUAGCUUCUCCUGUAAUGGUCUGACAAGGGUUUAUUAUCUGGUAAUCAGGUUGAGCGUGUUGCCGUUGGGUAUUUCUAUCCUGUCUCCAAACAGAGCUGAUGGGAUUACGCCUAAAGAAGUAACCUUCUGGUUAGGACACCAAACGUACUCUCACCUCAAUGAACUGAUCCAUUGGUAUUUUGGGGGUUUUAAGUAUUUGUUAUUAGAAGGGAUGUAAGUGGAAGGAGUGUGGUCAUUUCAAAAUCAACUGGGGAAGUGUUACGACGGAGUCUGCACAUCGUGGCAAACUUGACCAGGUGGCUGCCUACCUGUUGCAACAAGCUGGUUGGACGCAGCAGGGCUUUCCUUUUCCUCGAGGGUUGGUGUCUUUAGGUCACUCAUGUGGACUUUUAACUGACUCCCAUCCACCCUCAGAGUAAGAACAGCCAUGGGAGUACCCAACUCCAGGGAAUACAACUACUAUCAAGUGCCAAACGCACCCUUUAAGAUUUUGCUGAAAAGACGUAAUGAGCCCCUCAAGAAGGAACGUCCAAAGUGGAAGAGUGAGUACCCGAUGACGGAGGGCCAGCUGAGGAGUAAGAGGGAUGAGUUUUGGGAUACGGCUCCCGCCUUUGAUGGACGGAAAGAGAUCUGGGACGCACUCAGAGCAGCAGCCCUGGCUGCAGAGUGCAAUGACCUGGAACUAGCACAGGCUAUAGUGGAUGGAGCCUGCAUUACUCUGCCACACGGUUCCCUCACAGAGAGUUAUGAUGAACUUGGCAACCGCUACCAGCUCCCGGCCUACACUUUAGCCCCACCUGUCAACCUAAUCUCUGAAACAUCCAGUGAGAGCAAAGUCUCUGACGCCACACAAAAACAAGCUCAACCUCCUCCUUGCAGACAAGAGUUCCAGCUGAGGGUUCGAUUGUCAACAGGAGAGGAUGUGCGUCUGACCGCCAGCAUGGCGGACUCCAUCGCUGAGCUCAAGAAACAAUUGGAAGAACAGGAAGAAAUUGGCGUGACCCGCCAGAGGUGGUUCUUUUCCGGGAAGCUCCUGACUGACAAGACUCGUCUUCAAGACGCCAAGAUCCAGAAGGACUUUGUCGUUCAAGUGAUUGUCAAUAUGAACUCUCCAGUCAUAGUUAACUGAUGAGUGAGACAGAGGGCUUUGAAGAGAGGAAAAUACAAAGGACAUGCCAGAGAGGGGGUGCAGAAGUAGGGCUUGUAAUAAUUUUCCAGUUGGCACUGCAGUGGAUUUUGUGUACAUUUUUAUAUAAGAAAUUAUUGCUUUUAUAUGGCUCCUUUUUGUAUUUCUUUCCUUUUUCCAAAUGAAGUAAGAAUAUUGAAAAGCACUGUAAUACUUUAGAUUAACGGUAGAGUGCUAAGAUGCACAUCCCAGUGUAAGUCUGUCUGUUUGUGUGGACAUCAGCUCUAUUGUUUACGCGGAUCACCCUCCUCGUCUUGUGUGUUUGUACUUGUGCUUCAACUGAAUAUGGUUCACCCGGGGGUCCGAAUAAGGAAAACGCAUUCCCUUUUUUUUUCCUUUUUAAAGAUUUCUGUCAUGCGAUCUGAGAAGUAGGAUAAGGAUGGCCGACAACUGUAGAGAAAAAGAAAAAUGUAAAUAUCUGUUUCCAUAUGUGUUGUUUGGUCAAGUAACUAUGUGCACACUACAUUUUCAAUUCACACCUGUAUAUUUGUAAUUAGGACACGGAAUGUAAUGAAGGCACCUUUCUAAAAGGUAAUAAGAGAUGAUGAGGUUUGUUUUUUAUUUCAUCACUCCAAACAAGAUACUGUAGUCUUGUGUACAAUAUGAUGCUCACUGUACUUGAAUAACUUAUCAAUAAAUAUUUAAAAUCA